GGGGAGAUUGUUCACGGACUCGAGCGCUUAGAUCUCUGACCAGAAAACCCCGCCCAGCCGGCUCACGUGACUGGCUCCCACACAGGAAAAACACUCAGAGUCCCCAGGAUAAUGGGACAGAGCGAGGGAUCCUACUGUGUGUUGGAUCCUAUUUCUGUCUCCCUGUAAUUUGACUGAAGUUUGGUUUAUUGGAUCCCUCUUGGCAUAACAUCUCUGGUGUGGCAGCUGGGGAAAAUGUCAAGGUGGAGAUGCUGUAAGAAGAGGAUCAGAUCUCAUACUGCACACUCAUGUUUUACAUUAUCGGCAGUGUUACGGGCUUGAUGUGUGUGUUUUUGAUCACCAUUAAGUUCCUGUGUGAGCUCAGUUCUCGAGUUCUCACUUUCUGGCACCAUGAGGGGCGUGAGCGUGGGACAGAACGUACUAUCUAUAACUAUGUUCGUGGGAAAUACCUGGAGCCCCGCUCCUGCUAUGUGUCCUGGGACUGGAACGAACCAUGUGAAGUGGGACAGUCCAUGAGCUUUCGUGUACAUUUAUUUUACAGGAACGGUCACCCAUACCCUCUCAGUAGUACUGUGUCUCUCCGGGUUCGGAUGACACACACAGAGCUUGCUCUAGAGGUUCCAGUAACCCUGGAAGUUCUUCCAGAUCCAGCUAGGAAUGUGGUGAAAGGAGCUUUCACAGUCAGGAAAUCUGGAAGGUACCAGAUCAGCAUCAGCAUUGGCCGACUCAAUGUGGGUCAUAGCCCUUACUGCAAAUUGUUCCACCCAGGUGUGGUAGUACCAGCAAAGACACAGAUUGUGUCUCACUUCUCCACACUAGUCCUGACAUGCGGACAGCAGCACACGUUACAGAUUGCACCAUGUGACCAGUACAGCAAUCCCACCGGUGACAAUUUACAAGAUCAUGAGAACUACACCCUGAGCCUGAGCGAACUUGGCGUGGUGGGCAUGGCUGAUGGAUGCUGUCAAUUUACCGUCUGUAAUGGAAGUCAGAAUCGUGUCCUCUUACACCUCAUCCUUCUCCAGACUGGGUGCUUUCAGGCUACGUUACGUUACCUAGGACAGCCAAUAAGCAAUGGAAACUUUAAUAUCAUUGUGCUCAGUGAAAGUGAGAAAGCUGCUGUAGAUAACAAUGUGUCACGGUCAGGGGUUGGAGUUUUCUUUGAAGGUUAUUUAUACCCACCGAGUCCCCCUAAUGUACCUGGGCAGCAAUCCUCUUCUCCAGUUACUGAUGAAUGUGAAGUUUCCCCUAUUGGACUCGCAUUUGAAAAAAUGAAGAAACCGAAAAAAGUAUAUUUUUACAUUUCGCCCAAGCAACUAUCAGUGAAAGAAUUUUAUUUGCGGAUAAUUCCUUGGCGAUUGUACACGUUUCGAGUGUGCCCAGGUACCAAGUUCCUGUAUCUGCCCCCAGACCCCCUGCAUGGAUUGCUGUCUUUGCAGGUGGAUGAUGGGCUACAGCCUCCCAUAGAAAUCAGCUGCAAAGAGAGAAAUAUAAUGGCUGCAACCUUCACACGAUUCUUGCAUCUUAAUAUCGGUGGGUCUGAGACAUUCCAGGAUAAAGUCCUUUUUUUCCAAAAAGAAUUGAGACUUCUUCACUGCAGAAAGACCCGCUGUAAAGUUACACUAAGAAUCAACAGACACUUGCUGCUGGAGAGUUCUCUAAGAGCAACAAGGAAUUUCUCUGCCUCUGAUUGGACUAAAAACUUUGAGGUCAUUUUUCAGGAUGAAGAAGCUUUGGACUGGGGUGGGCCACGCAGAGAGUGGUUUGAAUUGAUCUGUAAAAGUUUAUUUGACACAAGCAACCAGCUCUUCACUCGUUUCUGCGAUACUAAUCAAGGACUGGUGCACCCAAACCCUAACCGCCCAACUGGGGUGCGAUUAAAGCUGUAUGAGUUUGCAGGCCGGAUAGUGGGAAAGUGUUUGUUUGAGUCGUCACUCGGGGGAGGAUACCAACAGCUUGUGAGAGCCCGAUUCACACGCUCUUUCCUUGCCCAAAUUAUUGGUCUGCGCAUGCACUAUAAGUACUUUGAGACAGAUGACCCUGACUUCUUCCAGUCUAAGGUGCUUUAUCUCCUAUCAAAUGAUAUUUCAGACACAGACCUCGUGUUUGCAGAAGAGAAAUACAGUCGUCAAGGCCAACUAGAGAAGGUGAUUGAGCUCAUCACAGGCGGUUCCCAGGUUUCAGUUACCAAUGAGAACAAGAUUUAUUACCUCAAUCUCUUGGCUCAGCAUCGACUGUGCAAUCAGGUGCGAGAGGAGGUGGAUCAUUUCCUGAAGGGACUCAAUGAGCUCGUUCCUGAUAACUUGCUUGGGAUAUUUGAUGAGAAUGAAUUGGAGCUCCUGAUGUGUGGCACAGGACACAUCGCAGUGCAGGACUUUCACGCACACGCAGUUAUCAUUGGAGGGUCAUGGCAUUUCCGUGAAAAGGUGAUGAACUGGUUCUGGGCUGUGAUUUGCAGUCUGACUCAGGAAGAACUAGCCCGACUUCUGCAGUUUACAACUGGUUCAUCGCAGCUGCCCCCUGGAGGCUUUGCUGCUCUGUGUCCCAGCUUCCAAAUUAUCAGUUCACCAGCCCACGGGACACUGCCUACUGCUCAUACAUGUUUUAACCAGCUUUGUCUACCGACCUACGACUCUUACGAAGAAAUGCACAAGAUGUUGAAACUUGCCAUCAGUGAAGGCUGCGAGGGAUUUGGGAUGCUCUGAUGCUCAUUGCACUAUGUGCUCUGGAGGAUUACCCUACAUGCGGCCGGUUACUCUAAUAUUUGGACUAAAUCAGCCCUCCCACAAUGGACUGAAACAACUGAAGGUUACAGAGUGCACACUGGAUCAUUCCCUGCACUGGAUGGAAUACAAUAGUGGUGGUUAAGGAUCAUUCCCUGCACAAAUUCACCCCCUUUUCUACUGUGACAGAUGAUAUACAUUGUGAUAAUGGGUGGAAUCCAUAACUUAAUCAUUCACACACAAGGACCAAACUUGCUUCCAUUUUAAUGGCCUCUAUUCAGUGAGUCCCCAAAAAGGUUCACAUUAUAAUUUGUAAGUAAAUCAAUACUUUAUUUUUUUUAAAGAGGUAUCAGGGUGGUUUGGCACACUGUUAAUAAGCAGCUAGUAGCAGGGUGAAAAGGCCUUUAUUAAAAACAUAAGCAAAGACAA